AUGAAGAAGGAGGUCGAUUCCGCCUCAUUGGCAGCGAACCGCACGAUGGUGGCGCACAUGCGCACGCUGCUCUGGAAGAACUACACACUCAAGCGCCGCCACCUGCGCGCCACCGUCUUCGAGAUCACUCUGCCGUGUCUCUUCGUCCUUCUAUUGGGCGCGCUCAAGCACCUCGUAGACGACGUCGACGUCCCUGCUGGUUGGAGCGAUAGCUCCGCCGGAACUUCCGACAACCUGUACGACCCCACUGGGUUCUCACUCUCAGCCAUCCCCUCGGAGCUGCCCAAGUGGACGCAAUACGAGACUUCCGUCACGGGUCUGCUUUGGUACAUGGCCCGCCAAUCCGUGACCGACGGAGUGAGACUCCACGAACUGUCCUCCAGCGACUACACGGCCUGCACCGUCGGCGUUGCGCUGAACGGAUACGUCGACACCAACUCGUCGUCAGCGUCCAGCGUGCCAUCGGAAUGUGACGGGUGCGUUGUGCCUUACAAAAUCGCAGUGGUGCCCGACAACGCCUUCACGCGCGAGUAUUUCAUGCAGACAAUGGAGCUCUGGUACCUUCGCGUGAAUCUGGUGAACGGUUCGACGUCGCUGCAGUUCGCGAGUCUUCGGGAAAGUGUGGCCUUCUUUGGCUCGGAAGACGCGCUGGAAGAGUACGUGAAGGGGAAGAGCUACGGCUCCAGUCUCGACAGCCCGCGCAUCUACGGGGGAAUUGUGUUCGACAAGUACCCGAAUGGCAGCGACAUCGGCUCGUUCUCGUCCAUUGAGUACACACUGCGUCUCAACUCAACGGAGACCAACAACGGCGUGCUUGGGCUCAUCCCGCCGACAAACGGAGAUGCGUCAGCGCUCUAUCCUUCGCAGAAGUCCAUCAAGACCGACUACUACACGCGCUACACGCUCACGGGCUUCAUGACGUUGCAGACGCUCGUCACGCGCUUCGUGACUUGCAUGCCCGAAUGGGAUGCAACGACGCAGACAACAACGGGUCAGUGUCAGCGAGCACAAGCCACUGCAUCCGCGUCGGACGCACUAGACAAGCGGCUACUGAAGUCGUUGGAGGCCGAUGCCAUGCUGAAAUCAGCUCUGAGCGAGUACGCGACAGCGUCGGGUGCCUCCAAUACGUCGUUCUCUUCUAUGCUGUCGCUGUUGUCGACUAGCACGAAGGAGGCGCUGCUGACGCCGCUGCGCCAGGCCCCGCAGCCAUAUCUCGGGUCUUCGGUGUCGCCGUUCCCCAUUGAAGCGUACACGAGCUCUCCCUUCUACGACGACGUCUCGGGGGUCUUGGCCAUCAUCUUCAUCCUCUCGUACCUGUACCUGACGUCGAGGAUCCUUGUGGUCUUCAUCCAGGAGAAGGAGCUGCGUCUGCGCGAGUACAUGAAGAUCUUGGGCGUCAAGGAGCGCGCGAUUGUCGCCACUUGGUACAUCACGUACACUCUCAUCAUCUUCGCCGGCGCCGUGCUCCAAGCUCUCAUGGGUCUCGUCGGGCUAUUCGCCAACAGCUCGGUGGUCGUCAUCUUCCUCUUCUUCUUCCUGUUCGGAAUGAGCGUUCUCUGUUUCGGGUUCUUCAUCAGCACACUCUUCAGCAACGCCCGCACCGGGUCCUUCGUGGGGAUGAUCGCCUUCUUUCUCAUGUACUUCGUGGCCCAAGCGUUCACGGACGACUCGCCGGAGCAGGACAUCUCUCACGCCUGCAUCUUGCCACCAGUUGCGCUUUCGUUUGGUCUGUCGACCAUCGCGGACUUUGAAUCGUCCGGUAUCGGCGCAAAUUUCGGAAAUCUGGACACGCUCAACAUUAACUUCCGACUCGCUACAGCGCUGCAGAUGUUCCUCGUGGACUGCGUGCUGUACACGCUGCUGGGUCUGUACUUCGAGAGGAUCAUCCCUAAGCAGUACGGCACGUCGCUCAAGUGGUAUUUCCCUUUCUCCCCGUCGUAUUGGCGAGGCCGCAAGAAAUCCGCGACUUCGAAUGGGACUGAGACGCCUACGGACUCUUUACUCGACAGCGUGGCGCUGGAUGUGAACCCGAACAUUGAGCGCGUGAGUGCCGAGCUCCGUGAGCAAGAGCGGCGGGGUGAAGUGCUGUCCAUUCAACGUCUGGGGAAGGUGUUUGAGGUUCCAGGCGGUCAAAAGGUGGCACUGAAGGGGCUAGACUUGAUCACGUACAAGGACCAGAUCACGUGUUUGCUCGGCCACAAUGGAGCUGGAAAGUCGACGCUGAUCUCGAUGCUCACAGGCAUGACGGCGCCAUCGAGCGGUGACGCGAAGUACCGUGGUCUCUCGCUGAAUCAAGACAUGGAGGAGAUUCGCGAAUCGCUGGGUAUUUGCUUCCAGCACGACGUUCUGUUCGAGGACUUGACGGUUGAAGAGCAUCUUCUAGUGUUCGGACGGGUGAAAGGAUACAGGAAUGAGGAGCUGCAGGGACUCGUGGACUCACAGAUCCGUCAGGUGGGUCUUACGGAGAAGCGCCACGUCCUGUCCAAGGAAUUAUCCGGCGGCAUGAAGCGGAAGCUUUCGGUCGCUAUUUCUCUCCUGGGUGACAGCUCCCUGGUGUUUCUGGACGAACCGACCUCGGGUAUGGACCCCUACAGCCGUCGUAGCACGUGGGAGAUCCUCCUCAACAACCGCAGUGGCCGUGUGAUGGUGGUGACGACCCACUUCAUGGAUGAGGCCGAUAUCCUGGGAGACCGCAUCGCCAUGCCAUCAUGGCAGAAGGCGAAUUGCGCUGCUGCGGGCUACAACCUCACUAUCGUCAAGGACGACGCCAGGUGCGACGACAAGGCCGUCACCACGCUCAUCAGGUCGUACGUCCCCUCUGCUGAGCUGCUAAGCAACGUCGGCAGCGAGAUCGCGUUCCAGCUGCCUCAAAAGAGCUCGCCGAUGUUCUCGGUCAUGUUCACCGAGAUGGACAACAAUCUGUCCAAGCUCGGCUUGCUCUUGUACGGCAUUUCAGCCACGACGCUGGAGGAGGUUUUCAUCAAAGUGGCGGAGGCUGACGAUGAGAACCACCAACACACUUUGGGCCAUCGCACGCGCCCGACGGAGAGCGAGGCUGCUCCUGUAGCGGCGUUGCAGACAUCCGGUCUGUUCUUCUCGCACUUGCGCGCUCUCCUUCUCAAGAGGUUCCACCACGCCAAGCGCGAGAAGAAGAUGAUCAUCUACACGACGUUCUACCCGAUUCUGCUGCUUCUGGCAGGUCUGAUUAUCUUGAAGAGCAGCAGCACGACGUCCGAUGACCCGAAUCUGGCGCUGAACACGAACGCGUACAGCUCCGACAAUUCCACACCGACCCCGUACUUCUGCCAGGCUGGAGGUGAAUGGUGCAGCGAUGUCAUGGCGUCGUAUUUCUCUGGAGCAGAAGCUCAGGAGCUCGCGAUUGAGUCUCCGGCUUACGACUCAAACUCUCCGACCGUCUUUAACGUCACCUACUCGGACCCGGAGAUCAACGCGACGGACGCUACCGGCUUCGGGCUUCGAAUGGGCCAAACGCUGUACAACAGAGGCUACGGAGCCAACAACACCGAAGCGGUUGACGAUCAGUACAGCGCGUUCAUGGUCUAUGGAGACAGCGACGAGCAGAUCUUCAGCUACAACCUGUUCACCAACACUACCGCCACGCACGCGCCCGUCAUAUUCAAGGCGUUGAUGGACCAGGCGAUCUAUCGGUUCUUCGCUGCCAACUCGAGCGAUUCGACGGUGGAUCUUACGGUGAACAACCAUCCACUACCGCUCACAGCGGCGGCCAAGGCGCUCUUCGGCUCCGUUUUGGCCUUCAGCGCGUGCGUCUUUGUCUGCAUCUCGUUCUCGUACUUCCCGCUGCCGGUCGUCGUGUACCUGGUGAGGGAGAAGGAGGCGAGCCACAACUCCAAACACCAGCAACUGGUCUCGGGCGUCUCGCUCACUGCGUUUUGGCUCGCCAACUACCUCUGGGACCUCAUGAUGUUCGCCGUGCCCUGCGUCGCGGCCAUCGUCCUCAUCAAAGCGUUCGAUAUCUCGGCGCUAACCGGCAACUCCGAGUGCUCGAGCUGCACCUCCGAGACGUUUCCGGCGGUGAUCCUUCUCUUCAUCCUCUUCGGCUUCGCGAUCUGCCCGUUCACCUACUGCCUGUCGUUCCUCUUCAAGGAGCACGCGGCGUCACAGACGUUCACCAUGAAGAUCAACUUUCUGCUGGGCGUCGUGCUCAUGAUCGUGAGCUACAUCCUCGACGUGAUGGAGUCGACCGAGUCGGUGAAUUCAGUGCUCAAGUUCAUCUGGAGACUGUCGCCGCUCUUCGAUCUAGGCAACGGACUGCUGUCGCUGGUGUUGAACGAGCUCGACACGCUGCAGGACGGCACGACGGAGAAGAAGAGCCCGUUUAGCAUGGACCUCAUGGGCGCCGAGAUGAUUUACCUGGUGCUCACGACGUUCCUCUUCUCGGCGGUGGUGCUUGCCAUCGACUACGGCGUGAAAAUCCCCGGACUCCAACGCAAGAACGCAAGCGCUCAGGGCGUUGACGAUGGGAAGUUGGAUAUCGACGAGGAUGUGGCGAAGGAAGCUCAGCGAGUCGCUAAUGGGGCUGCGAAUGAAGAUGCAGUGAAGAUUGCUGGACCGAGGAAGGUCUACCCUGGUGGCAAGGUGGCCGUGAGAGACCUGUCGUUUGGCUUGAAGAGAGGCGAGUGUUUUGGCUUCUUGGGCAUCAACGGCGCCGGCAAGACGACGACGAUGAAAAUGCUGACGGGCGACGUCGCUCCGAGCUGCGGGACGGCAACACUCAACGGCUUCGACAUCUUGACGCAGCAGAUCGAAGUGCGCCGACAAAUCGGCUACUGCCCGCAGUUCGACGCGCUGUUUGAGCGGAUGACGGUGCGCGAGCAUCUCGAGCUCUUUGCGGCGAUCAAGGGCGUGGCUCGAGCCGACAUGGAGGCAGUUGUGACGGAGAAAAUUCAGCAGCUGAACCUCGCAGACUUUGAGCACAAACUGGCGGGAAGUCUGAGCGGCGGCAACAAGCGCAAGCUGUCGGUCGCUAUCGCGUUGAUCGGCAGUCCGCCGAUCAUCUUCCUGGACGAGCCCUCCACCGGCAUGGACCCGGUUUCCCGGCGGUUCAUGUGGGAUGUGAUCGCCGAUAUCUCAACGCGAGGCAAGGAAUCCACGAUCGUCUUGACAACGCACAGCAUGGAGGAGGCUGAAGCCUUGUGCUCUCGAGUGGGGAUCAUGGUCGGCGGUCGUCUUCGCUGCUUAGGCAGCGUGCAGCAUCUCAAGUCUCGGUUCGGUGAUGGCCUCGUAUUCGACACCAAGUUCGAGUCUGUGGCUGCAGACGAACUUGAUCGUCUAGUGGAGAGAGUCUUCAGUGACGGCAACGCCUACGUCACACCAGCAGAUCUGGAGGACAAGUGUCGUGCGUUUGGCAACGUCGAUCUUGCUAGACUCAUCACUGCCGCACACCCGACGGGUUACAGUCUUGCUGCAGCGCUGGAACGAGACGGAUUCAUUCGCGCCGAGGCAUUCUGCGCGUGGUGCGUGGAGGAGACGCGAUUCAACGAGCUCAAGGAGUAUCUUCAGCAAGCGUUUGGAGCCGGUGGGGUUGUCGUACUCGAAAGGCAGAGCGACUUCUGUCGGUUCAAAGUGCGCGGCGGCCCCAGUGACGUGAAGCUCUCCAGGAUGUUUGCAUUGAUCGAGGACAUUAAAUCCACCAUGCACAUCCGCGAGUACAGCGUCUCGCAGACGACGCUGGAGCAGAUCUUCAACUCGUUCGCUAGUCAGCAGGAGGAAGAGCAGGGUGUGGCUCGAGGCGUCUUCCAGGCUGCUUAG